AGCUAGGCUGAGUUUCUGAUCCACUGAUUUCAGUUAAUGAUUGAUCAGCUAAUUUACAAUGGGAGCCAAAGUCUGAGGAACUCAAAUCUCUGUUGCCUGCCACAGAAUCAAGCAACUGCCCAAGGAUUCCACAUAAUACCAGGGGAAGCCAGUAACCUGGUGGUAGCCUACAACCACAAGAAACUGCUCACCAACAGGGUGUGGAAGCUGGUGUAUCUCCACAGACAGAUCAUCCUUUACCAUGCUGUGUUUGCUGGUCCUUUUAGUCUAGCAGGAUGGUGUGGCUCACGUGGAUGCUGCUCUUCAUGUCCCAUACAUUUGCAUCAGGAAACACAGCACCACAAUUCAUAAUGAAUACCACUUUCUCUUUGCCAGAAGACACACCUUUAGGAGCCUUCCUUUUCCAGUUGGUGGCUGUGGAUGCUGACGGGGAUUCAUUGACAUAUGGCAUGAUAGGUGCAGAAGCUUACUACUUCUCUGUCAGCAGUGAUACGGGCAAUGUGACACUUCAGCAAAAAGUGGAUUAUGAGAGAACAAAGCUGAUUAGGGUUGAGGCUACCGUAGAUGACCAGAAAAAUGCUCCGGUCUUUAAAAAACUCACCAUCAUAGUAAAAGACCAGAAUGACAAUAUGCCAAUAUUUAUGAAUGAACCAUACAUGACAGAUGUCCUUGAGAAUAUGACAAUUGGCUCCUCAAUCUAUACAGUUUUGGCUGAAGAUGAAGACACAGGAAGUGCUGGACAGGUGUCAUAUACAAUUGAAGAAGUCAUUCCAAACAAUGAGACAAAUUACCAGCUCUUCUACAUCCUGUUCAAUGGCACUGUGGUGUUGAAUGGUUCACUUAGUUACAAUAACAAGAGCACUUUCUACAGAAUCAAGAUCAGAGCCAGGGAUGGUGGAGGAUUAUGGGACGGUGUGAUUGUCCAUCGGAAUAACACAGCCUACCUGUCUGUUACUGUUGUUGAUGUGGCUGACCUGGAUCCCCAGUUCCUGGGAGAGCCAUAUGUAGGCUCUGUACCAGAGAAUUGCCCCCUGGGAACCCCAGUGCUGACUGUCCUGGCAAUUGACAGAGACAAGGAAGUGAACGAUGUCAUCUUUUAUAACAUUAUUGGUGCCAGUGACAUGUUUAUAAUCAACAGUACCACAGGGAUAAUUGCUGUGAGUGGCAAUCUAGACCGAGAAGGUGUUCCAGGUGAAGAGGUGCAACUCCAAGUUGUGGCUCGAGAAAAAGAUUUGAACAUUUACCAGCAGGUGGCACAGGUGAGCACCACUGUGACAAUUCAGGUCACUGAUCUCAAUGACAACACCCCUCAGUUCUAUUCGUGUGAGUAUCCUGCCUGCAACUUCACAGACUCCCCAGUGAGUAAUUUUUCAGGUCAGAUAGAGGAGCAUGCUUCCCCAAGAACACCUGUGACCGGCUUCAGCAUGGUGGCCUAUGAUCCAGACAAGGGUUCUAAUGGCACCUUUCAGUUGUCCUUGCGUGGUCCAGACGCGUUUGCCUUCUCAGUGACACCCCAGCAAAUCGUGAAUGUUGGCACUGUACAGGUGCUAGUGAGCAUUUCAAGUGUUUUGGACUAUGAAAAGAUACCUACUCAUUCUGUGACUGUGGAGGUUGUAGCAAAUGACACCCGAAGGACAACCAGUUGCUGCUCCUUUGCCACUGUUACCAUCCAUCUUCUUGACAUCAACGACCACAGACCUGAGUUCAAUCAAAGCGAGUACAAGCUUCAUGUGCUGGAGGACAGCCCAUCGGGUACCAUUGUCUCUUCUGGCAUCACGGCUACAGACCCAGACAGUGGAAUUUAUGGAGACAUCACCUAUUAUCUACUGCCUGACAGCAUACGGUCCACUUUUAUAGUGAACUCAACAAGUGGUACAGUGCUGGUGGCAAAUGGCAGCAAACUGGAUUGGGGAACUGGACCUGUCUAUUAUGCCACUUUACAGGCAGUAGAUGGGGGUGGCUUAUCUGGUUCCACACAGCUGGAGAUCUCUGUGGUUGACAUAAACAACAAUCCUCCUAUUGUCACAGGUUCUUACAAAGAAUUUGUCCCUGAAGGCCAGGACACAUUCAGCGUCCAAAUCCAGGCAACUGACAAGGAUGCUCCAGGAACCAAUAAUAGCUGCUUGGUCUUUGAGAUCAUGCCAGGUAGCUUCAGCAAGAAUUUCACAAUUGACCCAAACACAGGGGAGUUGAGCAGCAGAGGGCCCCUGGACCGAGAGGCAAUCCCCAAGGAACUUGCAGGCAACAUGGUGGUGACAGUGCUUGUGCAUGACUUGGGCAUCCCGCAGUUGAACACCAUGGUCAAUGUCACCAUAACUGUGGAGGAUAAAAAUGACAAUGCACCCAGAUUCAACAGCUCACUGUAUGUCUUCUCUGUUCAAGAGGGUUUGCAAGGAAUCUUUGUGGGCAAUGUGGAAGCUACUGAUGCUGACCAGACUGAAAUCAACUACCGCAUCUCAUUCCGUAUUGAAAGCAACGCAGGCUCGAACAACUUCCUGAUACUCUCUAGAAGACUGGAGGCUGGCCGGUACCUGGGGAACUUGCGGUUAGACCCAGACAUUGCUCUUGACUAUGACCAGAUGCAGCAGAAGUUCUUCAAUCUGACUGUGCAGGCUGAGAAUUCAGGCUUUGAUGGAGCUGUGGACGUUGCUACUGCCCUGGUGCAGGUGCUAGAUAUCAAUGAUGAGCCCCCAGCCAUUGUGCCAUCCCCACCAAAUGACAUCAGAGUGUUGGAGAAUCUCACCUUGCAUGAGUGGGUUGCCAUGCUGCAGGCCACAGAUGUGGAUACUAACCAUUCGCUGGUAUUCCAGGAGUUAGGCGUCACAUGUUUCAAUAGUUCAGCCAAUGUAGGCAAUGUGUGUCAAAACUGGUUCCUUUUGGAGCCCAAUGGCUCUCUUGUUGCAAACUCUCUGGAGAUAGACUAUGAGGCCUGUAACCUCGUAGAACUCAAACUGCGUGUCAAGGAUCAGUUCACUGAGGUGGGGGACCCCUAUAGUGGAAAUGAGACCUUGAGGAUCAUAAUUGGUGAUGUGAAUGACAACCCUCCAGAGUUCCUUCCUAUUACCAAUACUUUUGUGGUCAUUCCAGAGAUCUCUGUAGUGGAUCUGCAAGUGGCUGUAGUUGGGGCUAGAGAUGCUGAUUCAGGGGAGAACAGAAUAAUCACAUUUGCCAUUUCCAGUGUAGUUUUCAUCACAGACAGUGGGCCUGACCAAGAUUUUGAAAAUCUUUUCAAGGUGGUAACACUGGCAGAAAAGGACCUCUAUGUUGGGAGCAUUCAAGUUGCAAGCAACCUUGACAGCUCAUUAAAAGGCCAGUACCAGCUGAAGGUAGAAGCCAAAGAUGGUGGGAUACCUCCACUGAGCUCUUCAACCUUACUGGAUAUCUUCACUGUAGACAAGAGCUACCGAGUUGGGCUGAAAUUUGACAAAGUCUUGCAGGAAGUGCAAGCCAGCUUAGACGAAAUCAAAGUGGCUCUGACCAUGGCCACCAAGUCAACAAUCUACGUGGCAACAAUUAAGUCUUUAGAGAACUCAUCAGCCUCCAAAUCUAACAGUGCCAAGGGGAAGAUGCUGAUGGAGGCCUACUUUGUCUACAGCAAUGGCACAGCUCUGAUGUCUGAAACUGUCACCAUGCUCAUCCAGAGCAACACUGAGGCCCUGGCAAAGCUGCUCGAUCUGGGUCUGUCUAUGAUUGGCCCUGCGGAUGUGGCAGAACCCAACACGAAUAAGGAGUUGAUUGGCAUCAUUGGGGGCCUGGCUGGGGCAGUAUUGCUUAUCCUCCUCAUCAUGAUCAUAACUGUGAUGAGCAUCAGGAAAAGCUAUGUGAGAAAGCUGAAGGCCCUCAAAGCCCUUAAGGUGGCUUCAAAUUUCUCAGAGAGUGCACAACAGCAGGGACCUGCUAUUCCUGGGACCAACAAAUACAACACAGAAGGGGCUAACCCCGUGCUUGGUUUCUCCUUGGACCCCUCUGCACCCCUGGACUUUGAGGACACCACCAGCUAUGAUGCAGUCAGCCUGAACUCCCUAGAUGAGAACACAGUUGAUGCUCCAAUGAGCAGUUCAGACACUCCUAUAAAGCUGGGCAGAGCAGAAGCUCGAUGGCGAGAAAAUGGCUGGGAGGAGCCUUUGAAAGCUGCCCUGGAAAGCCACUUCCAUGAUUUAGAUGACCAGCCACAGCAACUGGAACUCCCCAGUCAGAAGUGUUUAAGUUUUGACAACCCUGCUUUGGACACUACAGAUCUAUGACUUAACCCCUCCUCCAGCCCUAGCGAGGAGAGAAAAGAGCAAUUUGCAACCUGUGCAGUAACCAGCUACUUCAGCUGAAGUCGCAGUCCACAAUUAAGGAUACAUCUGCCCAUCAAUCUCCAAUUUUGACAUAUUUAUUUCCUUCACUAUAUUUCCCCCCAGAAUUAAACCCAAACAAAUGGCAACCAAAUAAACUAACCUUGUUAUUCCUGUUUGGUCCUUGAAGCUGUUAGACAUCUUAAUUAUGCUGCAUGCUAAUUUACUGCUCACCCUCAGCAUAUAUGUACGGACUGAUAAUUUCCAUUGCAUUGAUUCUGAAGAAAAGUGUAUGCAUACAAAAGCUUAUAUCUUAAAUAAAACGUUGUUGGUCUUA